CGUUGCCUUUCGAACAACACGAAUCUUUCCGCUACGAAGAAGCUCAUUAUCGAAUUUUAGAAUAGUCCAAUAAAAAAAGGCACAAGUUCAGAUCACGUUUCUGCAUUAAUAGCAUCAUUUCCUGCACGGAAGGUUAGCGCAAACGCACGUGGAAAGCAUCUCAUAAUGUCACAUUAGCGGCAAAUUUGCCACUCAUUCUCCCUGUUGCAUUCAUCUCUAAUGACCAAGAACGACUACACCAGUCGAGCGGUAUACAAUGACGAAUAAAACUCCUCCAUAGAUCGCACCCGGUCCGUAGUCGUACAUUGGUGAUUCCAUGGUGAUCAGCCUUCGAUGAUGAUCGCCUUAGUAGUGCUGCUGCUGCUACUGACAAGCUGUUGGGAGCUUGCCAGUGGUGCUAACAUUCUCUGCCUUACGCCAGUCCCUAGUCCAAGCCAUCACAUAUGGAACCGCGUUUGGAUCGAAGCUCUCGCCGCCAGAGGACACAACUUAACGGUGGUAUCAGCCGACGUCGAGCAAGAGGCAACACCAAACGUCACCUAUAUCCACCUGGAACAUGCCUACUCGGAUCUGCACGAUGAGCUCGACCUAUUCGAAAUGGCAAGCAACGAUGCGCUCACAGGCAUUAAAGAUCUCUACACCUGGGGUACGGCCAUGUGCAAGGGGGUGCUACGUUCGAAGGGUCUCCAAGUGAUCGAAUCCUAUCCGGACGAGUUCCGGUUCGAUCUCGUCAUCGCGGACAUCACCUGUGGACCGUGUCUGUUGCCACUGAUGCACAAGUUCCACUAUCCUCCGCUGAUCGGUGUAACGGCGUACAACAAUCCUCAGUUUACGACCGAUUUCGUCGGUGGACACAAACACUACGCGUAUGUGCCGUUCUUUACCGUCAACUACGACUCGGACAUGAACUUCCUGCAGCGAUUCUACAACUGGGUGCUUCACAAUGCUGAUCAUAUCUACCGCCAUCACAUCUUUCUGCCACGGAUAGAGCACUUGGUACGGAGCCACUUCCGCUACCGUGGGAUGCCUUCCUUGGGUCAAAUCGAGCGUAAAACCUUUCUGCUGCUAGCCAACUUUCACUACUCGGUUGACUUUGCUGAAUCGCUUCCACCGGCUCACAUCCCGGUCGGUGGACUUCAGGUACUUCCACCGAAACGCUUACCGACCGAUCUAGACACAUUUCUGGCCGCGGGACGGCAAGGAUCCGUCCUGUUCUCGCUCGGUACAAACGUGAGAAGUGCCGACCUUGGGGACGAUCGCAUCCGAAUGUUCCUGGAGGCGUUUCGCCAUCUGCCGGAGUACAAUUUUCUGUGGAAGUUUGAGGAAAUGCCACAGUUUGAAGUGCCCAGCAAUGUUUUGAUUAGAAAGUUUUUACCCCAGAACGAUAUUCUGGCUCACGCGAACGUGAAGGGCUUUAUAACGCACGGUGGAAUGCUGAGUACGCAUGAGGCAACAUGGCACGGGGUGCCCUUGGUUGGCAUUCCCUUCAUAUGUGAUCAGUAUCGGAACCUCCACAAAUCGGUGACUGCUGGGGUCGCUCUACGUCUAGAGCAUGAUUUUUUGUCAACGGCCAACAUUGAAGCUGCCCUGCGUGAGGUACUCACCAACUCUAGCUACCGGGAGAGCAUGCAGCACCGAUCGGCACUGCUUCGCGAUCAGCCAGAACAUCCACUCGAUCGUGCAGUGUGGUGGAUCGAGUGGGCCCUACGUCAUCCGAACGUGAAAGCGAUUCAAUCGCCAACGAAGCGUAUGUCAUUCUGGGUGUACGAGCUGUACGAUGUAAAGCUAGCACUGACGCUGCUGCUCGCCCUAGCCGUAUAUUACACUAAGCGUCUAUUUACACGCUUGAGCACACACUCCUAUCGCAGCGAUCAAACAAGGAAAAAAAGGAACUAGUGUGAGCGACACAUUAGCUAAGCGAUGAUGUCCAAUUAAUCAGGCUUGUUUC